GUGAAGAUACUGUUGUCGAGUGUUAACAGUCAUUGCUACGUCGGGAGUUGAGCAACUUCUCCCACUCCACAUGUAUGUUGUGAGUUCUUUGAUGCUCCCAAACAAACAUAUAUAACAUCAGCAGCAGCAACCACUCCACUCCUCAUAGUCACUCAAAUAAGUUGAGCAAUCAAAAACUAGUCUUGAAAGAUUCAGAGACGACUGAAGAGGGAGAUGGGUAGUCAAUCUUCGGAGUCUUUUGUCAAGAUUCCUGAAAUAAAGUUCACAAAGCUUUUCAUCAAUGGAGAUUUUGUUGAUUCUGUUUCAGGGAAAACGUUUGAGACCAUAGAUCCAAGAACAGGGGAAGUGAUUGCAAGAAUUGCAGAAGGAGAUAAGGAAGACAUUGAUUUGGCUGUCAAAGCUGCACGCCACGCGUUCGAUCAUGGUCCAUGGCCUCGCUUCCCUGGUUCUGAAAGGGGAAGGAUUAUGAUGAAAUUCGCUGAGAUAAUUGAAGAACAUAACGAAGAGAUAGCUGCAUUAGAUACACUUGAUGCUGGCAAGUUGUUCUCUUGGGGUAAGGCUGUGGACAUUCCUGCUGCAUCGAGAAGUCUUCGGUACUAUGCAGGAGCAGCAGAUAAGAUUCAUGGAGAGGUCUUAAAAAUGUCGAGAGAGCUUCAUGGCUAUACGUUGCGUGAACCCAUUGGUGUUGUUGGCCAUAUAAUUCCCUGGAACUUCCCAACCUCAAUGUUCUUCAUGAAGGUUAGCCCGGCAUUAGCUGCUGGCUGCACCAUUGUCCUCAAGCCCGCUGAACAAACCCCUCUUUCAGCUCUCUAUUAUGCCCAUCUUGCUAAAAAGGCCGGAAUUCCAGAUGGGGUGCUCAAUGUUAUAACUGGAUAUGGAUCAACAGCUGGUGCUGCCAUUACUUCUCAUAUGGACAUUGACAAAGUUUGCUUCACGGGGUCUACAGAAGUUGGACGUAAAGUGAUGCAGGCCGCAGCGACUAGCAAUUUGAAACAAGUGUCACUUGAGUUGGGAGGCAAGUCACCUAUGCUAAUAUUUAAUGAUGCAGACAUAGAUACAGCUACCGAUCUAGCUCUCCGCGGCGUACUAUAUAACAAGGGAGAAGUGUGUGUGGCAAGUUCUCGCGUGUACGUUCAAGAAGGGAUAUACGAUGAAUUUGUGAAGAAGUUGGUUGAAAAGGCAGAGAAUUGGGUAGUUGGAGAUCCUUUCGAUCCUAGUUCCAAUCAAGGACCACAGAUAGAUAAGAACCAAUUUGAGAAAAUUCUUUCCUACAUUGAGCAUGGCAAAAGAGAAGGAGCUACCUUGUUAGCCGGGGGUAAGCCUCUCGGUAGCAAGGGCUACUACAUCGAGCCUACCAUUUUCGCUGAUGUUAAGGAGGACAUGCUAGUAGGGAAAGACGAAAUUUUUGGACCUGUGAUGUCACUAAUGAAAUUCAAGACCAUGGAAGAUGGGAUUAAGAGUGCGAAUAACACAAAAUAUGGUCUAGCAGCAGGAAUUGUAACCAAAGAUCUGAAUGUGGCGAAUACUGUAUCGAGAUCAAUACGCGCUGGUAUCAUCUGGAUCAACUGUUAUUUCGGGUUCGAUAAUGAUUGUCCUUAUGGAGGAUAUAAAAUGAGCGGAUUUGGAAGAGACCUUGGAAUGGAAGCCCUGAACAAGUAUCUGCAAGUUAAGUCUGUUGUAACUCCCAUUUUCAAUUCUCCAUGGCUUUAAGCUAAGUUGGGUUAAGCUUGACAGGUUACAAAUAAAUUGUAUUGUCAUCAUCUAUUCUAGUGAAGAAAUCAAUGGACUGUAUAACUAUGGGUUUGUGAAAUUUUCAGUGAAUCGAAAUGAUAACAGUGUAUGUGAUCCUA